AUCAUGCUGAUGCUUGGGCAGGUGAUCGCAGGGGUCACAAUGGUGCUGUAUAAACUGUAUUUGCCCAAUGUGAAUCCCCUGACACUCACGCUGGCUCGCGAAGUCGGCACCGCGGCUCUCCUAUUUAAGGCUGCUACACUUUAAGGAUUUCGGUAAAGAGAUCCUGAUGAAAGACCGUGUCUUACAUGCGCUGUCUGUGUCUGAUGCGCAAGCCCAUGAUUGAUGUGUACUAAUCGAGACCCGCGCUAUGCUUGUGCAAUUCUAAUUUCUGGGUUAUUUUUCUGCUCGUUCGUGCACAUGCCGGUGGUAGAUCUGCGCGAGAUACUUCUGGGUCACCUUCGCUCUUCGAAGGCCACAAUAAGAGUUAAGGCAACUAUCAAUUGAAGAUUGCUUGCAGAAUGGUAAUUCAAAGGCACGUGCAUGAUGAAUGACAGAGUUGCAAUUUAUUGUGCCGAUAUUAGGAUAGCAACUUUUAUUCUGAUUAUGGUACAAUCGUAAUUGAUUCCUAGGUAGUAAAAGUAAGACUAUGACUAAGUAUGUAUAAUGACUUAAGUAAAUACUACACAUUCUGAUUCUUCUUUUUGCCAAGCUCUAAAACAGUGGUUUUUCUUCGUCCUCAUCACGAGUCGAUGACACGACUGUCGCUGCCCAUCGUCCGAACUCGGAAGAGAUUGCGGACGAAGCGGAGCCACAGGAGGAACCUGAUGUCAGCAUUGAUGAAGCUGACAGACGCAGUGUGUGUCCCAGUAGUUGCUGCCUGCCGAAGCGCAUCGAGGAAAGGUGCGAUGUAACCGUGCGGCAACUGGACCGAUCUAGGGAAGCACCUGCUGAGGCAUAUCUGGGUAUGAAAUGACAUUCUAACUAAAUAGGUCUUUGUUAGCGAGUUCUUCCGGUUUUCUUUUCGCUUUGUCGAUAUUACUCAAGAUGCUCCGAUGCUGGCCAGAUGUGUCAAUUUCAUCUGAUAUGUCCACCUAAUGAUCAUGAUGUCGAGAGAGCGGCAUAGUACCCCAUAAACCACACUUGAUCUUUCGUUUUACUAGAAAAGAGCUAGAGCAACCGUUAGCAAGUCACGACCCCUACGUCUUUUUUGUCCACAUCAUGUAACAUCUGGACGCUGGCUCACUGUCCAAGAGAGGUCGCGGAGAUCCGCCUGUUGCCGAAGCAAGAGCACUCGAGCAAAACACCUUGGGUGGCAGAAUUGCAACGAGCGAAAUAGAAGAAGUGUUUGCGCCAGAUAGAAGAAAUCGAACGGCAGAGAAAAAUUUAUGCUGCCUCAUAUUAAGCGUCACCGUAAGAAACUAUGACCUCCAUGCGAGGUCUCAUUGAGAAUUCAUGAUGUUGGUGAAAUAAGCUCAACAACCUCUACAAGGUACACACCGACACCAGUUCGAUAAUUUUUUCUCAUUUUACAUAGAAGUAUUAUUUGUUUCUUGCAAUUCAUUGCUCUAAGGCUAAGAACGUCUUAUCACGCGAGGCAUCUCGCUGUUGGCGGCCGCGCGCGUGUUGUUGUCGAGGCCGAUUCAGAACGUGAGGGUGAGGGUGAAGACGACAGGAUGAGCCGACGAUCGCGUGACUCCAGGUAUCGUAGACCGCAGACACGGUUCUCACCACCGUCGGCCAGCGGUUCGGGGGAAACAAGAACGAGAGGACCAAUAGUACAUGGUGCUUUUUCAGAUCAACAUCAACCAGGACUAUCUACUUCUACAAGAAGUACACCAGGAGAUGAAUGUAGCGCCAGCACUAGCUUUGGCUCACCUGGUGCUCCGCCUGGAGGCUGUGAGCUGUUCAACAUAGCUGGAGGCUGUUCAAUAUCUGCAGGUGAGGACCACAAGGACGACAAGAAGAACGGACGAGGACAUUUUAUUUCGCAGCACGAGCCCGCGUGGUCCUGCUCCUCUUCAUCAAAUUGGAGAUCAUUUCCUCGUGAUGCUACAAGAAAUGAAGAUGAACAUUUUUUUCCAAGUGCAUCAACAUACACAACUGCAGGACUAGCACAACAAGAUGACGAUGCUUGCGAAAGACAAAGACAUCGACUGAAUGAGAACGAGUUGAAAGUGUAUCAAGAUGAAGACUCCUGUAGUUGCUUCGAAGAGGAGGACGACGACCCCGCGAAAGUUUGGCGGCGUCGUGCGUGGGUGAUACCUCUUGGUUUUUGUCUAUGGACCGCACAGAUGUGCAUCAUACUGGGAAUCAAGAUCUAUGGACCAGCGGGUGCUGUCAUCGCGACUGCGUUCCAGCCGUGGCAACCGAUUUUAUGGUUCGCAGUAUUUUGUCGAAAUUGAUUCCGUCUCUUCCAUCUUGUAGUUCAUCUAACGUGAUUACCGCUUCUGUAUUCGUCCAAAUUUGGCCUAGGCAGAUGUGUAGGUGAAAUGCAAAAAUGAGAGUGGAUUACUCGUGGAGGUGAAAGAUAAAACCAAAAGCGCCUGCGCUCCCUCUAAUUCCCGGAACGCUAGUCUUGACCGCCAUGGUUCUACGGACGGAGAGCCUGUCAGCGGCGAAGGUGGCAGGCAUCAUGUGUGGGAUUUUGGGUGCAAGUUUCAUGAUCUGCCGUUCAUCGAACGAAUUGAGUGACUUCUUUUUCCACCACCAUCUAGCAGCGACGCAGUUUCCGUUCGGAAACGUAUGAUUGACAGACUUACUUUUCGUUUUAUUCGGAGGCUGGUCCUGCAGUAGUAGUUAUUGUUGAAUAUUAACAAUAUUGUGCAGAAAAUCGUUGCAAUAAAUUUGUAAUCUAAGUACGUAGUAGCCUCCAGCUGAGUCCUGUCAGAGAGACUAGUCGUACUUCUAAUCUUUAUAGGGCUGGAGGAGGUCAAGCGUCGGUUGUUGCAGGAUGAAUUCUUGGACACUUCACUUCAGCGCACCACAGGAACAGCAGAAGAAGAAGCGCUGUCGCAUGAAGACAAUCAUGUCGAGGAAGACACACUUCUGAUUAAGAGUGCGGCGGCGCACAGUGGCGGAAGGUCGAGGGAAGAUCGCGGAGAUGCCAGUGCUGGCGGCACGCAAGAGCAGCAUCAAGUAUUAAGGCAUGACUCACCGAAAUUAGAUACGCAUGAGUUGUAUUUGACUCUUGUUGAAAGCAGGGUAGCUACUAGUAGGUUGGGGAUGUAAAUCCGUGACUUUUUAUAUUAUAAUAUAUGAUAAUGAAACUACUAAGCGAUGAACAACCAAACCUUAUUAAAGACCACACAACUGCUAAUGUCCUCCUCCACGAGUAGUGAACACAGUGGAAAAACGAGGCCUAGCGCUGACGCGCUGCACCGCAUCCGUAGCCGAUUAGCGCAAACUCAAGAUGUACUGUCGCAGAUGAAGAGAACAACCAAGAAAAGACCAGCAAUUCUGAGUUUCCUGCAGGAUCACGCGAGUAAUACGAGGCUGUUGAGGAGUGCGGUUUCGACGUCAAAGAACGGAGUGUCAUUCGCGCAAUCCUCCAGCAUUCUUCAUCCAUUUUUAAGACAGGAAUAUCUUGUGAACGCUGGGAAUCUCGCAUCGUCCCAUCUGACUCGUAUUUCUAUCUACGUCUCUACAAGGUAUGUCUCAGUCCUCCAGCUGUAGCUCUCCUGCUAUGAAUAUUAGUUAUGCUUCAAAUUUUUCAACAUUCUGUCUAAAAAGAGCGCAAGGCCAGAACAAGGGAGUCUCGAAGGCGAGUCGUGUGUGUAAUUGGUUAACGAACUACGCGCCAGACUUUGUUCUCAGAGAUCCCGCAAUUCGUAUGCACGCAGCCCAAAGCGAGCUACUGCAACUCGAGAUGAGAAAAUCCGACACGGAGCAGGAUUCUCUAUUAAGUCUAGACUAGCGGGACCAGACGUGUUACAGCUGUGAAUGAACCCAUGUUAAAGAUUAUAGUUUUUCAUCUAAGUUGUAUACUAAAAAGCAGGGUAACAGGCUACUACUUAGACAGGACCAAGGUUGCAGCAGGGUAACAAGCUAGCAGGUAUCUCAAUUCAGGAACAAGCCAAGUAGAACAGGCAUUUCAAUUCAAGAACUAUCGCCAGGGAACUCUUAGGCAAGCUGCCGAUUAGAUUCGUGUCAUCAGUUUGUUUUCAUUUUCAUUUUCCGCCUCAGGGGUAAUGGUCAAAUCUAGUAUCUGGUGGAAAGAUGUUCAACUGAUUUAUUCAUUUAAUUUUUAUUGUACAUGAUAGUAGGAAACUUCUGAAAUUCAUCGACAACAUUCGUGCUGGAAGCAAGACGAGCUAUACCUCUCUCUAACUAGAAGUACACAUGGACAAGGUUCUUCGACAGUGCUACGAAAUAAGCAGCGUUCGUCGUCGCGGACAGGAGCGAGAAAAAUGCUAGGAAAUGGGAGGAAAAAUGCGGGGGAAUUGAGCGGAGGUGGCAGGGAAGACUAUUCGGCGUCCCCAAGUCAUGAAGGUCGUGGUGCGCCGACGUCGUCCUCUGUACUCAUGUCAUCCAGCACGCCAAUACGCCAAGUAGGGCACACGCCAUCAACAUCAUUAGCGAGCCAAAGUAGAGACGCAAAUCGUGCAUUUUUUGCUGCGAAAAAAUCGACGAAGCAGUUGGAAAAGAUGCAUUAUGGACACUUGCAAUUCAUGACUCAUGUAGUUCAGAGUCGACUACGUCGAACAGAUAGUACAGAACGCACUAGAAGGGAGCUACAUCUUCCCAACUACAAGGGUGUAUUAAAAGCGACUAGGCUGUAAGGAGUCACUUCUAAGUAGAUGGACAUGGAGAAGUGGUUCAUUAUAAAAAGCUGUUACUACAUGAUCGUUGUUGUGGGGAUUUCUCGUCAAUAACUCGGAAACGAAAUUUCUUUCUACAUAUGGAGACGCAUCCACGCUGCAGAAGAUCCAAGUAGUCCUCCUAAAAAUUGACGCACUGUGCCACAGAAGUGUCCUACUAAAAAUUGACAUCAACGGAGGACAGCGAAGAAGCACCACAGACGUUUCUGGCGCUAGUCGCGCGAUCGCCACCGCUUGUUGGGUGUCUUCUAUUCCUCUUCAACGGAGUCUGUUGCAGUCUCUACCUCGUCGGCACGAAAGCACUUCUACUGCGGUUCGAGUCUCCGCUGCAGCUCACUGUCUACACCUACACCUCAGCGGCGUUCUUCUCCCUGGUAUUUUGUAGACUGAUGUGAAAUCUAGUACUUUGAAAAAAAAUUCACUGUUUUUUACUAUUUUUGAUAGUUAGGCUGCAGUAGGUCCUCGUGUCGCCUUGUCUCUUGGUUGAGAUAUCAUUUUUGAACCUUUCAUCUGGACAAAAAUGGCAGUAGUACCUGCGUCUGCGGCGAUUCUCUUAAUAUUUUUGAUAGUUAGGAUGUGGAUGAUCGUAUUGUAUCAGUUGUAGAUCUAUAGCCUAUUUGAUGUUAUGUACUUAAGCCACAUGAAUGACGAGGUGCUGUCCUUAUGAACAAACGGACACGCUUGUGGAGGAGGUCAAAACUUGGGGAAAUUUAGGGGAUAUUAUGGCUCCCUAAUUUUCCCUAAAAUUCGUAUGUGGGUUUAAGCGUGUCCGUUUGUUUCUAAUGUCCCUAUCGUGGACGAGUAUCAACAACCUAAUCCUACAGGUCUCUUGCCUGUACGUGAAUUGGGGUUUCUGGCCUGCGCUGCUGCGACGUCUGUGUGCAGAAGAGACGCGGUGCAUGUCGCACCCUUGGACGUUGCCGCCUGCGUGGUUACUUGCAUUAUGGAAUGAACAUGCUAAAAAUGCUUGAUCAGUUUUUCAAUUCCUCACGCUGAUCCUCCAGUCUUCUUGACCAGUGGCGUAUAUAUAAGUGUCUGAGCAUCCGACCUCCUUAAAUGACCAUUACGUCCUCGUUGAGUCUGAUCAAUUCCUAUUGUCGUUGAUCGACAAUAUACCCUUCCUCCCUUGUUUUUUCGGAUAGAACUUGAUGGACGUCGUGCUGCUCAGGUAUUGCACAUCUUCUAGGUGUGAUAUUCAUCAUCUCUAGCAAUGUUCUCUCCGCUUCAAAGCUUGUUCACGCUCUAGCAGCGAAGCCCCACCUUGCUCUGUCGCAAGUCCGUACCCUCUAAUGCUAUGGGUGAUCGCCCUUCCAGGUUGCGCCUGCUAUCUGAUAGUCAACUACGCCUUGCAACGUGUGGAGGCAAGCAAGGUAUUUCUUUAACUAGAAUCCAAGGUCGUAAACUUCGUCGUAUCGUCAAGAAAAAGAACGGUCGGUCUAUUCAGUCUGCCAGAGACGUUACUCACGUCGUUAGGCAGUCGGUCUUUUGGAGCUGCCGCGUCUCUAUUCGGGUCACAACAGAGCCAGACAGCUACUUGUAGCCGCUACGUGGUUCGAGUGAAUGAAAGAAUAUGGAGAUUAGGACUACCACCACUGCCUAGCAUCCCUGUACUUUGAGCUGCACAACUAGAACUACUACUAAGACUACAAAAAUCACUUCUUCUACCCGGCCACUAUUCCAACACGCACUACCACUACGGGGACCAUCACUAUUACGUUUACCACUAGUACGGGGACCGUCACUAUUACCACUGCGGGGACCAUGAUUACUAUUACCACUUCUACCCCUGCAACCACUUCCUCUGCAACCACUACCACCCGCAUGAUCAUCCCAGGUAUCAUUCUAUUGUGUGUUGCAGACCGCUAGUGCGAUGUUAUUCACAGGAGUAUUGAUCCGUGCAGGUGUGAAUCCAGUGUCCGCGGAGGGCCAGCACCUCCUGGAGCUCCCUGGAGAAGCGCUUCUGGGCACACUGCCGAUCUCUUUGUUAUGACUUGUUUGAAACAUUAGCUUUCUUUCUAAGUUAGUUCCUCAGUUAUCUGCUUGCUGUGGUGAGUCCUUCAUGCUGUCUCCCGCUUUUUUGUUGAUUGCGAAACGUACUGCGCCCUUAUAGGUGGCCAGAAACAAUUUCGGAAAUCUCCAAAUCCGAAUCCAAAUACUGGCGUGUGUGUGAGACCUGAGACGUCGCUGUUGGUGUGCUUUUUUCUGCUUCCCUUAGUAGGGUUGUUGUAAGCACAGUAGUUAUGACUAUAAGUAAGAGCAGCUUGUUGCGAGAAGGAACUCUGUCUUCUUCGUGUUUUUUUUACGUAAGCCGGAUCUAGUCAGAACUAUAUCGAUAGCCAAACUUAACAUAAGGCGCUCUCACCACAGCACACUCAGACAGCAGGACCAGAAAAAGAGGUUUUCUUGUUUCUAAUCCACGGGCUUUUGCUGAUCAUGUGUGCGGAACCGGCGCAGCCCACACGACUAGCUCUCGGCAGCAAAUUCGCGGCGAUGAGCAACAUCAAGUACUGACGGAAGAGACAUGACAAUGUGGUAGAGUAGAGAGCGAUGGGAAUCAUGACGAUGGAGGCUUACGGGAACAUACAAGAAAAAAUGAGGAUGCAAGCAGUGAACAGAAAAGUGACCCGAUGAAACGUUGUGGGCCUCGCCUGUGCGAGGGAUGCUGGAUUCUUUAACUUCUCCAUGCAUCUUCCGCUGCAAUUCUGAACCACAACUGGCCCGAAGACGUGUUCAAAGGACAACUAGGACAACUUGAGCCCUCCUUUUAUACUUAUCUAAAAAGGCAUCAACAGAGCUGGGUAGCUACUUAGACGGAGACUGAAUGUGUUUCAGCAUAAAAUGCAUUCGUAGACUCACUUUUACUUAAGUAUUUUUCAAAUAGCAUGUGGAUCAUGAUUCAGGAGCAGGUCAGAAAUAUUUAGCGACUUUCUUAACAUUGGUUCCACUUGUUCGGAUGACACACAAAUUUUGCCAUUCUUGACCAGGUCCUUAGCGAAAUCAAGGGUCUGCUGAUUGAGCUCGAGAACGAUUGGUAUCUUUUUUCAACGAAAUUAUAAUGUUUAAGAGGGGUUUUCGAUGAAAAUCACCAUCAUGGAAUGUCUUGUCAUUUUCUCUGUAGAUAACGCGAUCUACUUCUACCCAUCGAUCAUCUUAUGGAAAACCAACGAGACCGCGGCUGCGAAGCUGUUGUACAGAGAACGUAAAUCUAAAUGAAUCUCGACUAGAAGCGAUAAUGUAAGACGGUAACUGAAAAUGAUUUUUCUGAAUGCAAAGAUAACGAUCGAUAAACGCGCUAGCAUCUUCCACUUCAUUUGAUGGAAUGAGAUUAGGGCUUCCUGGCGCCAAAACUGACAUUCGAAUACUGCUUACUAGCGUUAAAAACAGAAUCUUAAUAUUGCGAACGUCCAACGGUGUGCCCUCACUCUCAUUAGUUCUUUCACAUGAAAAUUCGCAAUCGCGGAAACUACUGACACUCAGGGCAAUCAAAUUGCCAAGAAUUGGAUCGGAAACAAAUUGCCUUCGUUUUUGGAUAAGAAUGUCAGGAUAAAAUGGACACUGUCAAAUGAAGACUUCUGGACUGACAUCAAAAAGUUUCAAAAAAUUUUUUUCGCAU